AUGAACAUCAACAACCAAUUAGAACAUCUUCAAGCCAGAUAUGUUGGUACAGGCCAUGCAGACACAAACAAGUUUGAAUGGGUACAAAAUCAACAUCGAGAUACGUAUGCAUCCUAUUUAGGUCAUAGAACACUCAUGAACUACUUUGCAGUUGCCGAGAAUGAGAGUCUUGGGAGACUACAGACUAGAUUUCUUUCUAAUAUUCUGCAGCCAUGUGGGCCGCCUGUACAGAGGGAAGAUGAAUAA